AUGUCUGGAAAAAUUGACCAGUCACUCGAUGAGAUAAUAUCAACGCAACGCCGAUCAUCCAACCGAGGAAGGGGUGGUCGUCGCAUCCGUCGCUCUACUCAUGUCGGUCGUGCCACGCCUGUCACACCGUCAGGUGGCGUGAAGAAGAUGACCAAAACUGUUAAGCAUACCGUCAAGACUGUACCUAUUGGACCAUCUGGCACACCAAGUAACGGAAAGAUAAUAGUAACUGGCCUUCCUCGAGAUGUCAACGAGGGUAUGAUUAAGGAAUACUUCAUGAAGCAGGUUGGACCCAUCAAGAGGGUAGAAAUAUCGUACGGUCCAGGAGGCGUCAGUCGUGGUGUCGCAAAUAUCACAUUCUCUCGAGCAGACAGUGCGAUCAAAGCAGUCGAAGAGUGCAAUAAUGUUGCUAUCGACGGCAGACCAAUCAAGAUCGAACUUAUCUUAGACGCUACCCGAGCAAAAGCGAUUCCACCUCCAAAAGGUCUCAGCGAGAGAGUCACCCAAAAGCCUCAACCUAAAUCUGCAGCUACUACUAAAUCUACAACUUCGACAGGUCCUCGUGGCAAGAAGCCCACCCGAAAUGGCCGUGUAGGGCGUAGUGCCCGAGCAACUAAGAAGACUGCCGAAGAACUCGACUCCGAAAUGGUUGAUUAUUGGCAAAACGGAAACGCAACCAUUGAAUCAAAUGGGACGGCUGCCCCGCCUACUAACGUUGAAGCAAACAUGGAUGAGGAUAUUCUAUGGGAUAAACGAUUUUAA